ACUGAAGGCCUUCCGCUGACUGACAGAGGCGCGUCGUCAGGCUCACCACAUCAGAGAACACACAGCAUGAGGGACACCUGCCUCGGGAAGGUGCAGGCGGCAGGAGAGGACUCAGACCGGCUGCUGUAUGGACUUGAAGGAGCACAGGGGGAGAGCCCUUGCCCGACAGAUACACCUUCCCCCUCCUGGAUGCCUAGGCCUGCGGUUGACAGGGAUGGAAAUUCACAAAAUGAGGAGUUAUCAGUGGAAAUGAAAAAUGCUUCGAGUGAGGCCAGCCUCUUCCUUCACAAUGGCAACAAAGCGCUUCCAUGUUUGAAAGAAUCAUUACGAAGAAAUUCAGCUUCCAUAGUGGGUCAGAGCAAGACUGUGCAUGUGUUCUGUGCUCCCGCAGAAGAGCGUUCUGCUGGGGUGUGCUGCGGAGUGAGGGAGGCUCUGCUGAGGCACUGGCUGGAAGGAGGGCCCGGGGCCACCAACUGCGACGGAGGACGGGGCCGCACAGCGGAGUCUCGGGCGUCAGGACUACCGCGCCCUCAGAAGCGGUCAGAAUCGGGGAUUUCUGAGGAACCGCCAAGUGCUCUUCUAGAGGGGCUAGGCUUUGAGUUGGAACUGUCUGGCCUGUAUUUCGUCCUCUCUCCACUGCUGCACGCACACCCCGAAGUUUUCCUGAAUGAGACACAAAGUGUUUUCCUUGGCCACUCAGAGCCCCUGUUUUCGGAGCCAACGGUAGAAUCCAAGAAGAUGCUUUCAAGUGUAAGAAGUACCUUGGACGAUCUGCAGAUAAUACUGGGGUUACUGGCUCUACCAGCUUUUGAAAUAGCAAAUUCGUUACGCCAUAGUUAAGGUACAAGCCGAACAAUAAAAAUAGUGAGAUUAAUUUUAAAACUUGUCUUAGAAUGAUUUCUUUCACAUGAAUCUGGAUGCGCACGGGGCAGCCGUGAAGUUCCUCCUUCAGUUUGUAUGAUCAGACAAACUUUGAGUGGAAUUUCAACUCAUGGGAAGUUGGUUGAUGUGACGGGAGACUUUUGAACAUGUUUUAACUUGUGCUUGAAAAUUCAGUAUUUGGGAUGCCAUUUCAAGGAGAACAUUCAUAGAUCCUAUAUAAAUGUCAGGUUAGAACGGAAAGAUGUAACAACAUUUUUUAUGUAUCUUCAACGCUCAUUCCAAAGGGCUACCAUCCCAGAUAGUCUCUCCUCUCUCUGAUCCUUGGGUGAAGCGGCCGUUUGUUCAAGUCAGCCCCUUCCUACUUGCUCUCGGCCUUCUGUAGGAUAAUUUCGGUCUGCAGCAAAAUCUGACUUCUUUUCUCACCUCCCUUUCCUUCCCUUCGAAAUGCAGUUUAAAUGGAGGCCCUACAGUGAAAGUUGCAACAUUCAAAGUCCUUCUAGUAUAAUCCUUUCUCAAACUAGGAGCCUUAGCUGUGUCGCCUGAAAUAAAAGUGACCUCGAGACCAUCUGCGGUGGCUCAGUUAAGGGGCGACAGACCUCGUAUUGCCCCUGUAGAAAGUUGCCAGGAGCUGGGAGUAUCUCUGACCCCAACAUUUUCUCUGACGUAAUGUAAUCCCUCCGCUGGUUGGGAACUCCGGGAAAGGUCCCUUCAGAGCAUGGGUUUCUCAGGCGUCCCAAAGUAAGACUUACCCAUUUUCGGGGUUGAUGGUUGCUUCUCUCUGUCUGUGUGCUAACUUACUAUGCCAUGUGCUAUUUCAGUGUUUGGGGGAAAUGGAGAAGAAAACGUGUUAUCUAGCAUAAUAAAUGUCUUCUUUUACGCGUGU